GUCAAAUGCCCAAACAAACACAAAUGCAAGCCAGUUCUUCCUCUGCUGACAUCCACGCCUUUAUUGUGGAUGAAAACGCUCUUCUCAACAACUCUGCAAAUGCUGCCCUCAACGACAAUUACAAGCGCACCAAUACCACCGAUGAUUAUGACCUUCCCAAUGAUUCUCACUAUGAAUAUCAAAAUCUUUUGUCAACCUCCAAUCUAUCCCCCAAUUUAAAUGAUUUGGAAAAUAACCAAUUGAAAUCAAUGAUAAAUCCUCAGCGUUCAACUAUAUAUAUCAUCAUUUUAACAGUCAUACUUGGGGCUUUACAACUCUCCUGGUGCACCGAAUUCGCCGAAGGCACUCCCUUUUUACUAUCUCUAGGGAUAUCUAAAAAAGUCCUCUCUCUUAUUUGGAUUGCUGGCCCUUUAAGUGGCACAAUUGGUCAGCCUAUUGUGGGUAUUCUAUCUGAUAAUUCCGCCUUUUCAAUUGGCAAAAGAAGACCCUUUAUCAUAUUAGGUUCCAUCUUAACUUCUUUAUCUUUAGUUUAUUUGUCCAACUCCGUUGACAUAAUUAGAUUGUUUUUACCAAAUGAUUCUUCAAUUGAUUACAUUCAUCGCAAAACAAUCCCCUUUGCUAGCUUUGGUAUCUAUUUAUUAGAUUUUUCUAUCCAAUUCAUACAAGCUACUUCAAGAGCUUUGAUUAUAGAUAAUAUUCCAAUCAACCAACAAAAUUUAGCCAACGCCUAUGCUGCGAGAAUGAUAGGCUCCUUUAAUAUUUUUGGUUACUAUUUAUCCUCAAUCGAACUAAAGAAAAUUUACCCUCUAAAUUUAAUAUCAAAUAACCAAUUCAAAUUAUUAUCCUUUUGCUCAAUUUUCAUCUUGUCUUUAUUUACAAUAGUAGUCACAAUUUUAAUUAAAGAGCAAAAUCCUAAAAAUGAUUUCCUACACAAUUCCAAUACCAAUGCUACUACUACUACUACUACUACUACUAAUAAUAAUAAUAAUAAUAAUAAUAACUCAGUUUCCUCUCAAUUUAAAAAUUUCUUUAAAAAAUUAUACUUGACAAUAAAAUUCAAACUAUCUCCUCAAAUAAAAUUAAUAAACUUUGUUGAAUUUUUUGCUUGGAUUGGCUAUUUCCCAAUGUUAUUUUACACCACUACUUAUGUUGGCGAAAUUUACAUCUUUCAAUAUCUAAAUCAAAGAAAAAACGACGGUUUACCACCUUUAUUAGACAAUUCAGCUUUAUCUCAAUUGAAAGAAGAAUCAGUAAGAAAAGGUUCUCAGGCCUUGUUAGUUCAUUCUGUCUCUUCUUUAUUUAUUGUUAUUUUUCUACCCUUAUUAGUAAAUUCAAACUUAUUUAAUUUUAAUACAAUUCACACUAAUAUUCUUUCCUUCUCUUUUAUAAAAAGUCCAACCGUUAAAAAUUUCUGGAUUAUCUCCCAUAUCAUAUUCAUCAUAUGUAUGUCAUCCACUUUUUUCAUUCAAAAUUUCUAUCAGAUUAUUAUUAUGUAUUGUUUUUUAGGUAUUCCUUGGGGUUCGGCUUUAUGGGCUCCAUUUGUCUUGAUUGGUGAGGAAUUGACAAGAAUCAAACAUUAUAAAACAAGUUUAAAACAAUUCAUCUUAAAUAACAAUAAUAAUGAUAUCAAUGAUAUUCUUAAUGAUCAAAGUACCUCUUACAGUUCCAAUUAUGAUAAUGAUAAUGAUAAUGAUAAUGAUAAUGAAAUUAUCAAUAUCAAUACCAAUAUCAACACCAACACCAAUGCCAACAUCAACAUACAGACCAACUACUCAAACAAAGUCUUUAAUUUCAAAAAAUAUGAACAUGAAGCUGGAAUCAUUCUAGGAAUUCACAAUAUAUUUGUUGCAGCUCCCCAGGCUAUAUCCUCUUUAUUGAGCUCAAUAUUAUUUUCCUUUUUAGCAGAUGACAAUAACAAUAAUAUUAACAAAACUUAUAAAAAAUACUAUGAUGAUGAUGGAAAUGUCAAAUUUGACAGCAGUUUGUCAUGGAUAUUUAGAUUUGGCGGUUUAACAUGUCUUAUUGCUUUACUACUAAGCUUAAAACUCAAAAACGAUGAACAAUUGGAUGAAGAAUAUGAUGAUUGUUUAAAAAUCGAAAUGAGUUCAAAGAGCAAAACUAACACUAACUAAAAAUAUAUUAACUAAAAAUAUAGUAAAAAUACAAUAACUACAAAUAUUUCAAUUCUUG